UUUAAUUUUAUUUUGUAAAUUGUGAAAUGUUACGUUAUGCGCGCGGUGCACUCGUAAGAAACAUUAUAGAUACUAAAGACCGAUUUUUCGACCCACUUGUUGGUGGUGUCGCAUUACGAAUUUGCACGGCUCGCAGUUACACGGCUCUUUUUCAUUAUUGCGGCAAGAUAUUUGUGAAAUGGCGGGAGGGAGGCACUUCAUUUAGAAUUAAGGAGUGAUAAAAUCUAUUGUGAAAUACCUUUGCCGAGCGUCUUUAACGCGCUCGUGUUGCUGGCUCGAAGCAGGAUUAAAGAGCGAGUGCAUUUUUUCAUUGCGAUAAUUAUUGAAAAGUUUGGAAUUUCCGAUAGCGAUAUCGCACAAUGUUAUUAUCAGUUUAAGGAUCGAUAUGACAUGGAAUAAUCACAGCGAGUGACAUAAUGAUUCCAAGAAAAAGACUGCAAGUGUUAUUAUAUAUUUUAAAAAUUUUUUACGUAUUUGGAGAUGGAGAUCCAGGAAGCGAAGAUCUGCAUAUUAAGGAGAUAAUAAAUAAUGUUAUCGACAAUCCUGUUUUAAUGACCAAGUCGCCUCUAACGCAGCGUUUUAUUCACAACGGUGCUACAUCCCUCGUAGAGGAUGAAAAUCCUAAUAUAUCACAAAAUGUCAACUAUUCCAAUUAUACGCCGACCAAUAACGAAAGUAUUAAUUCUCAGGAAGAAUAUGCCGUUACAGCUCAAGAUUUUGGUAUCCGACUUUCUAGUGAUUUACUUACAGAACUUACAGAUUCAAUAACUAUUAUUGAAAACAUAACUAUAGAGGAUAUACAGUCUACCGCUCUAAAUAUAUCGUGGACUAUUUCGGGUGAUAAUACUACCGAAUAUUUAAUAAAUUUGUAUUUAAACAAAGAUAGAAUAGGUAGCUAUAAUACAGAAAGCUUGAAUUAUUCUAUAAAGAAUCUAGAGCCCUGCACCGAGUACAAAAUAGAAGUGAGUCCUCUCCCGACUACAGCAAAUAGGAGUAGAUUUAUCGAUGUCACAACAUCUUUCUUAAUACCUGGAGUGCCACGAAUUUUGGAAAUUGUACCAAAAAAUUCCUUCUCCCUACAGAUUAUGUGGCAAAAGCCCGAGAUCGCAAGUAAUUGCGUUAAAAAGUAUCGGGUUACAGUAGAUACUGGAAGUCACGACGACAGAUUUUUCAUGACCAAAUAUACUAACGAGACAAUGUAUAUUUUUAACAAUUUAUAUGCCUGUUUUUCAUAUUUUGUGUCGGUCACUACAAUUGAUAAAGAAAACGGUGAUACGUUUUUAGUUUCAAAUCAAUCGUUGCCUACUUUUCCAGCAGCUACCAGCGCUCCAACAAUAAAUAUUACAGAUACCGAAUCUAUCAGUACAACGAAAAAUUCAACGACUUUGAUUUGGAAUGUAUUGAAUAAAAAAAAUAACUGCUCUUUAAAGUCAAUAAUUAGUAAGUGUUAUUACAAUCAUACCGAAGGCAGUGGUUUUGAGUUACUUAAUGGAGCAGCAACCCUCGCUAUACCGAGUGGACAGAGUCCAACGAAUGUGUCGGUGACUGUUAAAAGUUUGAGUCCAUUUACAAAUUACCUAUGUAAGGCUAAGAUUCUUAACGAAGGUGGCCCAAGUCCUUGGAGCUCGUCCGUUUCUAUUCAAACUCUCGAAGACAAACCAUCGACUCCUCAAAACUUUCAAACUCUCGACAGAGAUCAAAAUUCAAAACUGUCAUUCAUAUGGCAGGCUCCAAAAUACAUGCCGGGAAAGUUACAAAAUUACAGAAUUAAUUUCACUUGGUAUCCACGUUAUCCGGUACCAGAUGGAUGCAAAUUAAAUAGAGCCUUUGUUGUCGAUAAUAUAGAUCCAAUGCUGACUAAAUUAACAUUGUCCAACGAAGAAGCCUAUUCGCAUUAUUUUACAAAAAUUGCGGCAAGAACUGGUGCAGGUUGGAGUCAAGAGAUGGCACUUGAAUUUGAUAGCACACCAGAUGGAGUACCCGAUGGAGUUAUUAAUCUUACCUGUACGAUAAAACGUCAAGAAAAUAAUCCAAAUGCUUUAGAUACAGAAUUAAGUUGGGGAUUACCUUGCUCCUUAAGAGGGCUUCUGCACUUUUUUGAAGUUUCCGUUUAUGGUACACGACCGGGUCUGGAAAAUCACACGAUUGUCGAUGUUGUAAACGUGACCGAAGAUUUUAGGAAAAAUGAUAUUUUCCGUAUAAAUUUCGGAGAGUUGAAGCCUUUGUAUAAUUAUAGAUUUGAAGUAUCGGCAACGCUGCGCGGUUCUACCGAAUCUGGAGAAAUAAAUGAUCUGACUGUUUUAUAUCCGGCUGGGAUUCCUCCGCAACCUGAAAUAGAAUACGUGAAAUCUAUAACUCUUGAUCCGCACAAGGCUCGGCGCACUACGUCAACAGCAGCUAUUUUACUUCCGUUGUUUUCCGCCGAUAAUGGCGAAAUAAAGUAUUAUGCCAUCAUGGUAUCUGGCUUAACUUUUGGUAAUUUGUCUACGAUGGUUAGAUUCGACGUUAAGGAAGAAAAGUGGCCCAAUGUAUCAUCUUGGGAAGAAGCAAUGGAAAAAGAUUUUAAGAUCCCGUAUCAAGCUACCGAACCAUUAUGGAAUCCUUUUCCAAAUUACGUAGUCGAUUACGGUCAUAUGAAAGCGGUAAAAUUUGUAAUUGGCGAAGAUACAACAUGUCCACAAGUUUCGUCAAAUACAAAAACUCGAGCCUACUGCAAUGGACCAUUGAAGCCAGAUACUUGGUACGAAGUACGAAUGCGAGCUUUUACCGAUAAGGGUUACGCCGACUCAGUCUCUUUUACCAUCAAAACAAAUGCCGAGCUUAACGUGGGCCUCGUUCUGGGCGUCGUGUUUGGUAUCCUGUUUAUCGGCAUCCUGACUACGCUGAUGUUGCUCGUGAGGCGCUGUUCCUUUAGACUCUUAUUACAAAGAUUUCUGCAAUCAAAUAUACCCGAAUCACCGGUACCAGAUCCGUUUACACGCAGAAAAUUCAUAAACCAUUGCCAGCAGAUGGCCGAAAAUCCUGGAAAACUAAGCAACGAAUUUCAAUUGCUGCAAACUCUUAGCGUCGAUUUGCAAAUGCCGAGCAAUGCCGCAUGUCUGCAAGCAAAUCGAAAAAAGAACCGCUAUUCCGAUAUUUUGCCAUAUGACUUUUCGAGAGUCAAACUUGAUAUUAUUGACAAUGAUCCGAAUACGGAUUAUAUAAAUGCAUCGUUUAUUCGGGGAUAUUCUGGAAAUGAAGAAUACAUUGCCUGCCAAGGGCCUAAGGAAGAUACAACGUACGAUUUUUGGAGAAUGAUUGACCAAUAUGACGUGAAAAUGAUUCUAAUGCUUACACAAUUAGUAGAACGGGGGAAAGAAAAGUGCCAUCAGUAUUUUCCAACGAUUAGGGAAACAUUCAAUUAUGAACAAUUGUCAAUUAGAUGCACAAGCGAAUUAGAUUAUCGUACAUUUACUCAGCGUACCUUGAUCCUACAAAAAGAUGACCAUGUACGUACAAUAACUCAUCUUCAUUUCAAAGAUUGGCCUGAUCAUGAUGUUCCCGAUGAUUUCGAUGCCAUGAUUCAUUUCUGCCAAAUAUUUCGUAAGCAAUUUAUAUCGGUUAAAGGAUUAGCCGUGAUUCAUUGCAGUGCUGGAAUUGGAAGAACUGGAACACUUAUUGCUAUAGAUAUAUUGCUCCAGUCUAUUAGGGAUAAUCGUAAGCUGGAUGUUUUUGGAACUGUUUACAGAUUAAGAAGGCAUCGUUUAAAUAUGGUGCAACGCGAAAGUCAAUAUGCUUAUAUAUACAAUUGCAUUAGACAAGUGCUGAAGAAUCCAUAUUUCUUAAAAUCAUAUAAACCACCACCUAUUGAUCCAAUAUACUCCAAAGUGAAGAUAAAGAAAGAUAAAAGCGAUUCUAGCACAGAUUUAGUCGACAGCUUUGAUACUCUUAGAAAAAAUAGUUUAUCUACUUCUGUUGACUCAAUGCAACCUCUGUGUCAGUCAUCACCUCCAACGACUCCAAAAAUCCAAAUGAACGUUUUGUUUGCAGGUUUAAGAUAUUGUAAAUCAACAAGUGCAAUUGACACAAGAUCAAAUCAUAAUCGAAUGGGAAAAUAUCAUAGCGAAGGUUAUGCGAUUUGUGAAUCAGGGAAAGAUUCUUUUUCAACCAGUAAAGAAAGUAUAGACGACAAUGAUUUAAAGAGCUCGUCUAGUUCUUUAUACGAAAACGUUGAACCACUGAUCCGACCAAGCUCAAGUCAAACGAUUGCCGGCAGUAGUUAUUAUUUGACAAAUGAUUCUGUUGAAAAGGACACUUCGUUAUAGAACGAACGAUCAUAUAAUCAAUAAAUAUAUAAACGUGAUAUAAUUUGAACAAUGAUAGUUGUAAAUAAAUAUUACAACGGUAAUGUUAAGUAUGUUAAGCGAUUUUAGAAACGGCUACGAAUGAAAAAUAAACACCUAAGUGCCAUCAUA